UAACCAAUAAAGCAAUCCAAUAAAGAUGACCCAUUACUCAAACCACCUCUUCUUUCCCCCUUCUAAAUAAUAAUACUCUCAAAUUCAGACUAACAUGCCUAUUUGAGACCUCUAUCUUUGGCCAAUGGAGCAAUCCAAUAAAUAGGAUCUCCAUUACUCAAACUACCUCUCUUUUCUCCCUUGAAAUAACAACAUUGAGUUUCUAAAGGAAAAAAGAAAAAGUGGUGGUCCUCCAUCCAUAAGGAAAUAGUUCCAUCACCAAAAAGAUAUACAUUAUUCUUAAUAUAAUUUCCUCCUUUUCUGCCAUAAUGUAUCGUCCUCCACCAUAUGAAGGGCAAUAUUACCAUGACGAAAAGCGAAGAGGAGGAUGCUCUUGCAUUAGAUGCAUCUGUUGUUGCUAUUGCAUCCUACUUUUGAUCGUCAUUGUUAUAGCCUCGCUUGCCGUCUAUCUCUACGUGUACUUCAAGCCGAAAGUGCCCACCUACAAAUUUCAAUCCUUUGAUGUUAAGGAUUUCGGGUAUCAGCCUGAUUUCAGUGUCAACGCGGAUUUCAUCAUAACGAUCAAAGCUGAUAAUCCCAACACGAAAAUAGCAUUGAUAUACGGGGAAGCUAGCUCGAUCAAUGUGACCUAUAGCGAUUCAACGAUUUGUACAGGGAAAGUACCAGCUUUCCAUCAAGGUCCGAUGAAUACAACUAUAUUACAAAUUGAAUUAAAGGGUAAAAGUACAUUUGGAUCAGGGCUUUAUGAGGCAUUACAAGCUAAUGAGAAAAAUGGGAAAAUUCCAUUAAAGGUAAUGAUUAAGGUACCUGUGGAAGUUGUUUUGGAAAGUUUAAAAUUAAGACAAUUCAUUGUGUUUGUAAAUAGCACAUUAAUUGUGCAUGAUUUGAAGCCAGGUAAGAAACCUGAGGUUGAAAAUAGCGAACCAACAAUCCAAGUUAAAUUCUGAUAAAAUCUCAUCUGUCCCUCUUUGCGUUAUACCUGUUUUUUUUAAAAAAAAAAAAAAUUAUAAAUGUAUACGAACGAUUGUAUUUAUUGGUUUGUGAAAUUAGAAAAAGGAACCAUCAGCUCUCUAACUUUGUAUCAAUAAUGAGCCAGUUUCUGAAAUAUAUCAACAUACAAGUAUAUAAGGACUAUUUUGAGAGUCCACAUAACAACGUUUCUUAUGAUCUAUAUAAAUAAAGAAUGGAUAUUGCUAUGAUUUUUAUACAUUGAAUUGUACCUACAUACUGUAAUUGUCAUGCUCAAACUGAGAAACUACCUUUGAUUCAACUGCCUUCACAGGAUUGUUAGAGGAAGCUUGGCUAAUCUUCGUAUACAUAUGUAUAGAACAUUAAAAAGAAAUAACUGAAAGAAUGUACUCACUGAGUUUCGCCUAUUUGAUAUAACUAGUUUAACUGCACGUGCCUCCCACGUGUAACGUUUGAUUAUUUAAAAUUAAAUGAUUUUGUCUAUUGCGCAGA